AUGAAUAUAUUACCCAAAAAGAAGUGGCAUGUGCGAACAAAGGAGAAUGUUGCGCGUGUACGUAGUGAUCAAAAGAGAGCUAGAGAAGAAGAAAAAAGAGUGGCAGAAAGAGCUCAGCUUGCAGAGCAGGAAUAUAAGGUAAAUCUACUGCGUAAAAAUGCGGAACGAAUGGAAACGAUAUUUAGGUGUGGAGAAAGUGGAUCUUAUGGCAGUAACGCUCAGUUUAUCAACUCUUCGGGCCAUAUCAAUCUUUUCGCUAAUUUAGAAGCAGAAUACCGGAAGAAUUUAGGUGUCGGAAAUCGAGAUUAUAAACUAGAGAAGAAAAAGGAACAGGAAGAAUAUGAAAAGAAAGUUGGCAUCUUGCAAUAUCUUGGAGAAGGUUCCUGUGAGUUGACGAAAGAAAAGCCGUGGUAUGAAAAAAUUCCAACAAAGAAGGAGAGUGAGUCCAGAAAAUCGGAAAUUCCAACAAAGAAAGGAAAUGAGUUAGCGAAAUCGGAAAAUCGAUCAUCUGUUAAGAUGUUCCGCAAACGCAUUGGAAGCACCCACCAAAAAAUAAAGGAAAAAGAACAUAAAAUGAAAAGAAAAAAUAAGGGAUCUCGCUAUAAAAAAUGCGGAAAGAAAAGCACACAUUAUGAUUGUAGUUCUUUGGAAAUAUCAUCAAGUGAAGAAAAGUCUUCAAAGAAGCAGAAGUUGGAAAAGCUGAGACAGGAACGCCUGGAUCGAGAGGCAAAAGAACAAAAACGUUUUAUCAAUCUGUUGAUACCCUCAGAAAGCAAUAAAGAAGAAAUGGUGCGAAAUGUUGCGAAAUAUAAUUCACAGUUCAAUCCAGCAUUGGCACGACAGAAUCAGACCCGUUGA